AUGAAGGAACGCCAUCACCCCGUCGCACAGCCUGUCAAGGUCGCAGUACACGAUGCCCUCGCCGGUGUAAUUACCAUUAUCGUAGCCGAGAAAUUUUUCGAGGCCUGUGCAGAGGCACAUUUUAAGGGUGAUUUGGGGAAUUUGGGAAAGGCGAUUUUAGGUCAAGGAGGCAGUGACGGGGUGAGGGAGUGGGCGGACAGGGUGAGGGAAAAGAAGGCGAAAGAGGGCGAUGAAGGAGGAAGAUGGGUUGAGAGAGGCGAUUUAGGGGUCAAUGGAAUUUUUUUGAAAUUAAGGUUUUGGGUGAGGGACGCCGACGGAGGAGGUGAUGGAGGAGGGAGCGAAGCGACCAGUGAAGGAGGAGGUGAGUGGGUGGGUGAGUGA